AUGAAUAUUCCACGCAAAAGAUCUGGUUCAAACAGUAAGAAAACAAAAGAGAAAUAUGAAGUGCUUCUUAAAAACGAAGAAAAUGAUGAAGUUAACGAAAAUCUCAUUAAUGAAAUUAUUAAUUCAAACAUUGUUUACGAAAACUUUGAGGUCGAGGUGAUGAAAAUCGUAAAUAUUGAACAAUCUCUUUUUGUAAAGAAGAAUAUCAAUCUACUGAUAAAAGAAUGCAUUAAAUCUCUUGAUUCGAAGAAUUCCAAAAAAAUAUCGAAUGGAUUGAGGAUUUUAGGAAUAAUUUUCUAUUCCACUCUGAAAAAGUCAAAUGGAUUCCUUCAAGUCGUACUUUCUGAAGAAGAACUGGGAGAUUGUAUGAAGACGUUAAUUCAACAUUGCAAUAGCAUUUUGUUGAGUGAAAUUCUCGACUCUCCACGAGAUGUUUGCCUGAAAUUACUGCUAGUAAUUCUCACGAGUAUGGAUAAUCUCAAUCAAAAUUCAAUCAUCGAGCAUCUCAUGGUGAACAACCUUUUCGAACCUUUCAUUCGUUUGUUAAAUGAUCCUGAUUUUCACAAUUGCGAAUUUGGACAUGACGUCGUGUUGCUUAUCACACUUCUCGUGAAUUAUAGAAAAAAUGAAGGAACUAAUCCAUAUGUCGUACAACUGUCAAUACUCGCAGAUGAAUAUGCUUUGAAUUCCUUUGGACAAAUUAUCAGCUCCAAGCUCAUUGAAUUCUGUCGUCUUUAUACUGUCAGUCUCGAAGGACAUUCAACAUCUUGGCUCUCAUCAUUGUCAAAUAUAGUCGGAAAUAUGUUCAUAUCAGAUGACGAUACAGAUCGAACUCUACAAAUCAGAGCUAAUAAUGCAUUGCUUCUCGCUCUUUAUGAGAAUAUUCAUUUGAAUAGAAAUUUCGUGACUACUUUGGCUCACACACAAAACGAAUCGUCGCCGCCAAGUCCCUCAAAUACUUUACAAAACACCGGACAAUCACCAGAUUUAGCUUCUGCUCCAAUCAUUGAAGUGACUCCAACGAAUCUCUUUGUCUCCCUCUUCGAAUAUUGUUCAAUUGUCAUGAAAGAUUACAAACCCGAAUCAAUUGUUAAUUGUAAGCUUUGCUUCCUCAUUCUUACAUGCAUAUCAGAAGAUUCUUACGCAAAUACUCUCAUGCAUGAUGAGAAUUUAAACUUCAAAGUGACGCUUCAUCGUGCACAAAUGCGACAUCGAAACCUGCCAAUUGAUAAAAGCUCAAAACCUCUCGCUGCAACUCUCUUCGAUCUCAUUAUUGAGUUUUCCAUUUCUCACAUGAUGAAACAAAAGUUUCCGAUUGAAUUAUAUUUGUUGAGUGUUGGAAUUAUUCAUCGAUUGAUCGUCUAUCAAAAGAGAUGUCAUGUAAGACUUAAUUUCGAAUGGAAGAAUCUUUGGGCAGCUUUAAUAAAUUUGUUGAAGUUUCUCGUUUAUCAAGAAUCUUAUCUCGUCAAAAAAUGUAACAUUUUCGCUUUGGCAACUCAAGUCGUAAAUAUCUUUAAUCUCUUCAUUGCUUAUGGUGACACUUUCUUAAAGAAAACUUCGAUGUAUGAUGAAUUAUACUAUGAACUGAAUCGCGAGGAGAAAAUCUUUAGUGAAAUUCAUGCUUGUGUUCUUCGCUACACUGCAAUGACUGACUGCGAAUAUAAAGAAGAUGUUUUAAAACUCUUAAAUUCUCUUGUAAAUAUUCUCGCUAUUAUCAAACAUUUCCAGAUAAAAAUCAAAGAGUGGCUUGCCGCAAGAAGCCUUUCAACUCCGACUGAAGAACAAAUAUUGUCUGUUGUUCGCGAGAAUUAUGAUUUAACAUUAAAACUUCAGGAGAAUCUCGAUUCCUAUGAACGAUAUAAUGAAUCGAAGCACAAUGCCUUUUUCAAUGCUAUCAUUACUGAUGUGAUUUGUGAUUUGAGAACAAAAAACUGUGGAAAGUUCCUGAUCGAUGGAACAACAAAUUAA